GUGGAAUUAAAUUAACAUAUUUACUGAAACGUAAAGCACAUAGAAAAAUCCUGUGUCAAGUGAUGUUGAAAUACUAAUCUGAGUCGACGAUGCAAUAAUUACUGUACAAAUGUAAGUGAAAAUUCAAAUGAAAAGUGCUUGAAUCAAGUUAAUGUGUAACAUAUUCGACCACCGAGGUGAAUAAAAAAUUUUAUUGCGAGUUAUUUGUGUAUAAAAUUCAAUCAAGUACAUACAGUGCAUUCACAUUAAUGUGUAACCAGAUAUAAUCGAUGGUAUUACUUUGCCAGUCAUUCAGUGCGAAACAUCUUUGGUGGCGAAAAAGUGCAAUUUGAAAAUACUAUAAUUGAAAAAGAAUGAAUGCCGCAAUUUCCGGAAGUUAUUACUGUGAAAAGGAGCAUCGCUGAAACUCAUCAAAGUUCGAAAUUUUUACACGGUUGAAACAAACUUAUCCAUUACUUCGAUGCGCGUAUCGCAAUUUCAAGUGAAUUUCCACCUUUCAACGCCUCAGUGGUAAUCACUCAGCAAUGCGACGAAUCAGUCCGAGACAUAUACACAAAUCGAGAUUAAUUCCACUGGCAAGAACCCAAGUAUGUGACAGCAAAUAUUAACAGUAAAUACCAAAUCACUCCAAGGCAAUUGUUUCGAAUCACAUACCAAAGAGCAGCCGCAAAGUGAUUACUGGCAGCGACACAAAACAGGUGACCGGGGCGAUAUUGCAUUGCAGAGAUUACACACACACACACAUACAUACAACUGUAAGCGACGGCAAGCGGCAAGAUAAUCAUCAUGAAUGACAAACAGUAGCAGCAAUUGUAGGUUGAGUGUUGCAAGCAGCAUUAAGUUUAUUGCAAGGCGACACGGGUUUGACACUGUUAAACUGCGCCUAGAGCAAUCACAGAAACAGCAAAAACAAGAAAUUCAACCAUUAAAGCUUUCAAAGUGCCCAUAGGAGCAAUGAGUGCAACAGUAACAGCAAUAACAUUAAGCCAUACUCAAGCAACAACAAUAGCACCGGGCACAGAUAAAGCGAGAGCAAAGGAGUCGACAGCAUGGACGUCAGAGUGGACGUCGUUAUGGCCGUCGAUCCUUUCAGCGAAUGUUGGUUUAUUUACGACGACAACAACAACGGCGGUAGGUGCAGCACAGCAAACAACUGCAAUUGCCGCGCCGACUCCGAUGGAUUUACAAUCAAAGCAAAUGGCAAAGCUGAAACUUGACAGCAGUAAGUGCCGCCAGCGUCAUCAACAUGACAAGCACAACAAAAACAAAACAACAAACAUCAAUAUCCCCGUUGCGCAACGAACUUUAAGUCGAAAUCAAAAGCAAACCCAACAAGCACAUCAAACACAAAUGCAAUGGCAACGACAUUGUCAAGUGCGCCAACAACAACAGUUAAGCCGUUACUAUGCCAUCCACAUGCCUCAGCAGCAACAGCAAAAUUGGCAGCAUUAUCUGUGGCAACGGCAACGCUGCUCCGCGCCGGACUAUGUGUCCUUGUCCGCCCGCCUUCGCUCGAUGCUGAAACAGCAACAACACCUACACCAACAGCAAUGGUUGCGCUUUUGCCUUUUGCUCGUCAUUUGCCUGUCACUGCCCUCUGCAACGAAUACAAAACCUCAGACCUCAGCAACAUCAACAAUAACAACAACACGAACAGCAGCAGCAGCAGCAGCAGCAGCAACUUUCACAGUAACAGCAACAACAAAAACAUUAGCACACGCUAUAACAACUACAGCCACAACCACAACAACAACAAGGACAACACGCGCAACCGACUUAACGAUGAUGCCGCCAGCAAUUGGAAGUGAUGACAACAUCGUGACCAGCAAUAGCAGCAAGUUCUCCCUCAUCGCCAACUUUGCUAUCAGAAACGUCAUCAUUCCUUCAACCGCGACAAGCGUAAAUUCCACAACCGCAUCAAAUGCCACAGCAGCAGUAAAGACCGCGUUGCGAACGCUGGAGCGGACAGUGUCAACAACAUUGCCAACAGCAAUGCAAACAUUCACAUCCGUCGCAUUGCUGUCAUCAUCAGAGACAACACAGCCCACAGCCAUUAUAAUAACAACAACAACGUCCAACUUCGAGGAAAGUGAGUUGCAUACGAAACCAAUGGCGCCCAUCAGCAGCAGUAGUAGCGUGAAGAAUACGCAAUCGGCGAGUUAUGUGCACUUAGUAAAUGAGUUGUUGCCUGAGGAAAUGGCAGCAGCGGCAAUAGCAACAACAACCUCACAAUCGCCAAUAGCAGCAGCAAGAAAUCACUACAGCAACAAUAAAAUCAUUCGCAAUGCACCUAGCGGGCUCAACGAUGCAUAUAGCAAAAGUCAUUGGAACAACAAAAUUUCCAACAACUACAAUAACAAUAAAAAAAACGACGGCAGCGAAAAGUUUAUUAGUGGGCGAACGCGUCACCGUGCCAUCCGCUCGCUUAGCAGUGCUGGUGGUGGCGGUGUGAGCGGUAGCGGCGGCAGCGGUAGUAGUUUCGGCGGCAGCAGUCUAGGCGCGGGCGGCAGUGGCAGUGGUGUAGGCUUUCACAAUUCGGCGGAUGGAAAUGGCAGCAAUCAUAACAGCAUUGAAUGUCCAAGCUUCGAUGAAAAUUCGGCGUGUCCUUGCUACAAAUUCGAAGAUGGCUUAUUUCUCGAGUGUCCCGGUACGACGGCCAUGUCGUUGCGCAGCACACUCGAACGCAUCUCAUCACCAAUACAUUCAUUAUCUAUUUAUGACUUCGAUCGUUCGGUCACGUCCCUUUCGCAGGAUGUCUUUCAACCAGGUGUCAAUAUAAGGCAUUUGCAAUUUUCACACUCACACCUGGAAACGUUAAAGGAUAACAGUUUGCGGCAUGUACGUGCAUCAUUGGAAUCGCUGAGCAUUGUUAAUGGAAAAUUAACACAGGUACCAUCUCGCGCCCUCAACACUAUGCAAAAAUUGAGCGCACUCGAUUUCGAUUACAAUGAAAUUGUACGCAUCGAAGAUUACAGCUUUUAUGGGCUUCGCUUAUCGAAACUCAACAUGAAAGGUAAUCAGCUGCAGUCGAUACCCGAGCAUGCGUUCGCCGGUCUAGAGGAAUCCAUACAGGAGAUUGAUUUAUCAGAGAAUGCGUUGCGCACAUUUCCGCUGCUUGCGUUGCGCAAACUCGACUACUUGCGUACUCUGCGUCUAUCAAACAAUAAAAUCUCUACAUUCUAUGGGGACAUAGCGCUAGUGACGAACAACGCUUCAGCUGCGGCGGCAGUGCUCCGAUUACCUUCAUUGGUCUUCUUAGACUUGAGCUCGAACCAGUUCACGGAGAGCGUGAACGAUUGCUUCGGCGCAUUUCCGCAAUUGAAGACGCUUUCUUUGUACGCUAAUCAAAUUGAACUUGUGCAACCGGAUGCGUUUAAAAGCUUGAAGGAACUGAUGUCGCUCGACAUGUCACACAAUCGCAUCAUUGCGUUGGAUGCGAAAAUUUUCGAUAAGAAUAAGCGCUUGCAAACAGUGGAUCUGAGUCACAAUCAUGUGCAUUCAAUAAGUGGCGUGUUCUCAAACUUGCCGCAGCUGCGCGAGGUCUUCCUAUCCGAGAAUAACAUACUCGAGCUGCCGGCGGAUGCUUUUACAAACUCAUCCAACGUGGAUGUAAUUUACCUGGAGUCGAAUGCCAUUGCCCAUAUUGACCCGAAUGUAUUUAGCACGCUUGUGAAUCUGGACCAUCUGUACUUGCGUUCGAAUUUCAUACCAUUAGUGCCUGUAACGCUGUUUAAUAAGUGCCACAAACUCACCUCACUUUCGUUGGACAACAACGAAAUACAAGAUCUUGAAAUCGGCAUGUUUCGGAAGCUGGAGUUCCUGCGCGAAGUGCGACUACACAACAAUCGUAUACGACGCAUACGUAAAGGAGUUUUCGAGCCACUGCCUGCAUUGCAGGAGCUACAUGUGCAGAAGAACAACAUUGAGGACAUCGAGCCGGGCGCCUUCCAGAGCCUCUCCAAUUUGCAGCACAUCAACUUACAGGAUAACCAGCUGACUGUGCUGGAAGAUAUUUUCCCAAAUGAAAAGGCAAACUCCUCCCUGCUGUCCAUACAACUGGAGGCAAAUUAUCUGCACAAGAUCCAUACGAAGACCUUUCGCAAGCAAGAGCGUAUACAAAUCAUGUGGCUGCGUGACAACCAGCUGACCCGAGUAGACAAAUCGAUAUUUGUGGACCUGCAGCUGCUCGGACGCUUAUACCUCAGCAACAACCAGAUACGGGACAUCGACAAGGAUACAUUUAGUAUGCUGAAGCAUUUGAAGUUUCUAGAUCUGAGUGGUAAUCGGCUGAAGCAUGUGCGACGUGAGUACUUUGCGCCAUUGGCGAGCUUGGAAGAGCUCAGUCUUUCACAAAACUACAUCGAAGCUGUAGAGAGCUAUUCCUUUAAUAAAUUAAAAAACAUAAGGGUGCUCGACCUUUCCGACAAUCCACUGGUGCAACUAACGAAAGAUAUUUUUAUGGACGAACUGCCUUUGACAUAUUUGAAUCUGCGCAAUACCUCGUUGCGUAAAAUUGAGCUGCACACAUUCAAGUCGCUACAGAAUCUAAACGAACUCAACUUUGAAGAGAACCAGCUAAACCCUGCAGACAUACAAAAACUGGAAGUGCCCAGUCUGCGCAGCCUCUUCCUCUCGCACAACGACUUCAGUCAGGCCAGGGUUGGCGGCAUAAUGGCCGAUAUGUUUGACAAAAUGCGCUCGCUACAAUUGCUCACAAUGGCCAACUGCAGUUUGGAAAGUGUGCCAGAUCAAAUUUUCUCAAAGAAUACAAAUCUGGUUAAGCUUGAUCUUUGCGACAACAGACUAACGGUUAUGAAUCGCAGCAUCUUCAGUGGCCUCAAUGUGUUCAAAGAGUUGCGAUUGUGCAACAACCACAUCUCCGAAUUCCCGCACAUUGCGCUUUACAAUUUGAGCACGCUGGAGACUUUGGAUCUGUCGCGAAAUCAGCUUAGCUCCAUCGACUUCUACAAAUUAAGUGGCACUUUGAACUUGCGGCAACUCAAUUUGCAUGACAACAAAAUCACUUCGUUGAGUGGCUUCAAUGCGGUUAACCUCACACAGUUGGACAGCAUUGAUCUUAGCGGCAAUCAUUUGCUAUCACUGCCCGCGAAUUUUCUUCGUCAUUCGAUUAAUUUGCAACGCGUUGAUCUCUCGAGCAAUCGCUUCUUACAGCUGCCGAGCUCAGCGUUGUCAGACAUCUCGAUACCACGUCUAUCUUGGCUCAAUCUUACAGGAAACCCAAUAAACAAGAUUUACACGGUGAAAGAGGAGCGCUACCCAUAUCUCAAAGAGCUUUAUAUCUGCCAAACGAAUUUAUCCAUACUGACCUCGAAAGACUUUGAAGCUUUCCAGGCGUUACAGCAUCUACAUUUGGUCAAUAAUCGCAUUACGCGCAUCUCACCCGGCGCCUUUAAGUCGCUCACAAAUCUGCUGACGUUGGACCUCAGCGUGAAUGAAUUGGAAAUGUUGCCAAAAGAACGUCUGCAGGGCUUAAGGCUGCUACGCUUUCUGAAUAUUUCUCAUAAUACGCUGAAGGAUUUGGAAGAGUUUAGCAGUGAUUUAGCGCAGUUGCAGACAUUCGAUUUGUCCUUCAAUCAAUUGGAUCGUAUAUCGAAGAAGACUUUCCGGAACUUGCAUGGUUUGAUGGAACUUUAUCUGAUGGGUAAUCGCAUGACUGUUUUGUCGACUGAUGCUUUCCGCUUCCUAAGAAAACUGCAUGUGCUCGAUUUGCGUAAGAACUACUUCGAGCUAGUGCCGAUUGAAGCGCUCAAACCACUGGAGACAAACAUAAAAACACUAAAGCUGGAAGAAAAUCCACUGCAUUGCAGCUGUGAUGCGCAAAAACUUUGGGAAUGGUUGCGUGAUCAUCGAAAAUGGUCACAGCAAGCUGGCGGUGAUAAUAUUAAUUACUUGAGGUGCGAACAUCCAGCUGAAUUGCGUGGCAAAGUAUUUGCCAAAAUGGAACCACAACAAUUCUGUGAUGCACCUUUGAUACCGAAAAUCGCCAUACAGGACAUUCAACCGUAUUCGGUGGUGGUUUCGUGGUUAAGUCGUGAACAUUUGGGUUUAACUGGUUAUGAAAUUGUCUAUUAUGCGACCACAGAUGGCAUUGAUUAUGAUGAGAUGCGUGGUAAACGCCUGAAUGGCUCCGCCAACUCGGCCAAAUUAACAAAGCUGAAUGCCAACACACGCUACCACAUCUGCGUUAUUGGCACCGGUAAUUGGUUGUCCGAGCCUGUGGCGAAUGCCUUGCAAAGGAUACACUUUAACGACUCAUUUCUAAUGUUACGCGAUGAGGCAGCUUCGAGUGGCGGUAGCGUUGGCAGCGCUUUUAUUGCAAGUAAUCAGCAGCAACACUACUACCACGAUCAACAGCAACAGCAGCAGCAACAACAACAACAACAACAGCAGCAGCAACAGCCAGCCGAAUAUUAUGAGCAAUAUUUUCAAACGUAUCAACAACAACACCACGACCACCAACAAUUAUUCACGCAAGCUGAACCGCAACAACAACAGGCAUUAAUCGAAAACACCAUCGUCACGGACAAUGCACUGCGGGAUGUGUUGAAAAAUUCCCACAUCACCACUUGUACGGACGUACAAACACUCGAUUCGACACCAAGCCUGGUCACCGACGAGAAUGGCCUCUCGAGCAACGGCUUCAUCCAUUCGAUACUGACACGACGCCUGGGCCUGAUUGUUGGCUGCUGCCUGGGUAUCAUUGUGUUUAUCGUCAUGAUUUCGGUAUUGAGUUAUGUGAAACUGAAGAAGCAGCGCAUCGAAAACGCCAAGAGACAGGCCGCCAUGCCACCCGAAUACAUUUCAUAUCGACACUUUUCCAUACCAAAUGAGGAACUGGUGCGCGCAUCCGUGGCCGGCGGCAUUACCACAACGAUUUCGAGCGUCCCAAGCGGCAUUAGUGCGCACAUCAGUGGCACUAGCCUCAGCACUAGCGCGACUGCCACAACAGCAACUACGCCACUCGGUGGCAAUGGCAGCGAUAGUAAGGGUAGCGGUGGCACAACAGCUACAGUAACAUCCGCCACCAAUACGCUGAAGAAGAAAAGUGAGAUGAACGUAAGUACGCCUGUUGGUGUGGGGAUGAUCGUUGCCGAAGGCAAUGGCUUGGUGAAUUCGACCUCAGCCACCACAAAAGCAGCGGGCAAUGAUGUCGUCAGCGUAGCGGCAACGUUGACUCAAACAGCGACAACCGUAGAAGCAACAUCGACAGCGAACAACCACAAUCACCAUGCGCAUCAUCAACAUCAGCAAUUGCGGCUUCUGCAACAGCGGCAGCAGCAGCAGCAGCAGCAUCAUGGCAAUCACAAUCAACAUGUUGGUGGCAAUGGCGGCGUAGGCUAUAUGUCGUCUGGUGUUGUUUUGGGCGCCAAUCACUUGAACGCUUGUUAGUUGCUGCGGCAUCGUGACUCACUCUAAUCGAUGAUUUUGCGAAACUUUCUUUAGGCGAUCAAUUUAUUUUUAAGGUCUACUUAAAGCGUACAUAAUCGCAACUACAUACAUACUAUGUAGUUGUACGAGCAGAAACCUUAGGCUAAGUAAGUAAGUUUAACUGUAAACUGUAAAUAAGUAUAAGUAAUGUAGAGGGAAAUGUUGUUAAUGAAAAUGGCGCACCAACGGCGAUAUACAUACGCGUGGUUGUUGAGAGGAUUUGGAUAGUUGGUAAAUGGUAUGCGCAGUGUGGUGCGGUGUACAUAUAAAUUUGUUUAAAUUGACUUUGUCUGUUGUAUUUAGCUUAGUUAAAAAUCUGUUAGGCAACUCGAUCUAAGUUUAGAUUUAUGUAAAAUAGAUAGGCUGAGAUUGAAACCCUUAUCUUUUGGCUAUAGUACAUUCAAGAGAUUUACCUUACACUCACACGAACGCACAUCUACAUAAAUGUUGCUUAAAUAUUUAUACAGAAUAAAAUAAUUCUCUAAGUAAAUUUUAUUAGCACGUAGUACGUAAUAUAGGGUGAUCCAUUUACAUUUUUAUUUUAAUUUUACACAAAACACUUAAAACAUAAAUGUAUGCCGGAAUCUGUAUUAUUA